AUGUCGCAGAAGAAGCCAUGGGCUGAUGGGCCCUGUGAGCUCAUCAGCAGCACUCGCGCUGGUUCCAAGGAAGGCGUCAAGACAGCAGGGGCGAACCGCAUGGCCGAGGACAUGACCAUCAUCCACAAUCUCAUCAUCCGAAUUCUCAACACGGUUUACUUGCAGUGCGUCAACGUAGAGAAGUCUCCUGACGACGUCCGGGACUUUGUGUCGUAUGCGAUUGAGUGGGCCAAAAUGGUGGAGGAGCACCACCACAUCGAAGAGGAGACGGUCUUCCCCCAGAUCGAGCAGCUGACUGGCGUGCCCGGGCUGAUGCAGGCAAAUGUGGUACAGCACGAGGCUUUUCAUGAGGGCUUACAUGCGUACACGGGCUACUUGGACAUGGUGCAGAAAAGGGAGGAGGCGUACAGCGGAGAGAAACUUAAGGGUAUCAUCGACUCGUUCAUGCCUGUUCUGCGGCAGCAUCUAAGCGACGAAAUUGGCACGCUGUUGAAACUGGGUGACUAUGACCGAGACUGGGAUGGGUGGUUCGAGAGGCUCAUAAAGGAGCUGCUUGCAAAAUCAGAUGAUCCUAACCUCAAGACGACGACUUUUCCACUUCUCCUCACGAACCGAGACAAAACGUUCGAGGACGGUAUUUAUGCCUGGUGGCCUGGGUUGCCGUGGUUCGUGACGUUGAUGAUGCGGUGGUUCCUCAUCCCCAAGCACAAUAACUGGUGGCGGUUUUCUUCGUGCGACCACCGGGGCGUCCCCAAGGAGCUACCCUUUGCAUAA